GCCCCACUGUGUUUACUCGUUGAUGCAUCCGAUUCCGGAGUUGGAGGUGUACUACAGCCGCUUGUUGACGGCAUAUGGCAACCGUUGUCUUUCUUUUGUAAGCGAUUAAAACCCGCGGAAACGAAAUACAGUACAUUCAGUCCGGAAUUAUUAGCGGCAUACCUGACCGUUGAGCAUUUCCGAGACAUGCUGGAAGGUACCACUUUUGCCAUAUAUACCGAUCACAAACCACUGGUAUAUGCAUUUAACACCAAGUCGGAUCGCCACUCGCCGAGAGAAAUCCGCCACCUCGACUUCAUAUCGUAGUACACGACGGAUAUACGUCACAUCAAAGGGACGACCAACGUAGCAGCCGAUGCACUUUCACGCACAGAUGUGUGUGCGUGUCUGUGCGCGCGCGCGCGUAUGUUUGUAUGUAUUUAUGUUUGUAUACAUGUGUAGGGGUAUAUCUGCGACAGCUAUACGCAUGGGACUAAAAAGCUUCCAGUAAUUUUUAGAAAAAUAUUUAGUGUCACUGAGAGCAUUCAGUUACAUAGCCAACUUGCCCAUCCCACUGACUGACCUAAAUGUAGUAACCUUUAUCAUUGGUCCAUUGGUAACCAGGGAUUUAUUAAGCAUGACAUCUCAUACACAAAUAUUCAGAAAACGUAAAAGAAAUAAAACGCGGAAGUAGUCUUGUGUUGAGUAGCGACUGUGGUAUCACAUACAAAUUCAGUGGAUUGUCUAUUUUAUUAUUAAGUUAUGUCUGGACAUUUUAUCAACGUUUAAGGUGUAAGUUUAAUAGAUGUGGAUAUUUUACUUUAUAAUGUAUUAACCUAUAUUUACUACUGUCUAUUGGAUAAUCGUUUGAGUUAUUCCCACCAUCUUGAUAUUUAUAAGGAAUACAAUUUGACUGCUAUUUCUGUGCUGAACAACGACAAAAACAGCACUAAUUUAUCGUCUAUUUCCGUUCCUUAACUGCUGUGAAAUUUUAAAGUCAACUUUCAGAACAAUGCACCGUUUGUUGUUCCCGUAAUACAUUUCCGCACCUUCAUACAUAUUCCGAUCAACAAUGGAUUACACAGAUGCACAAGUUAUAGAUGGUAUGUUUUUUAAAGAGAAAGAUCCCGAUUCACAACCUGAAGAUGUUGAAAUGAUGUCUGUUGAGGAAAGUGGCGAAUCUGUAAAUGCCAGAUAUGACAUGGAUCGUGAUAAAAAGAAUCUGGCUUUAAUAAUCAACAAUGAAACCUUCGACAAAUCGACUAAAAUGUCUAAACGACAAGGAUCCGAUAGAGAUGCAUCAGCAAUUAAACACACAUUGGAGUCAUUGCAUUUUCAGGUGAUUAACCGCAAGAAUUUAUCAGGGAAAAGCAUGAACCAAAUCUUUUUGGAUAUAUCCACGAGGGACCAUGGGAACCAUAACUGCUUCGUGUGUGUUAUAUUGACGCACGGUGAAGACGAUAGCCAGAUUUAUGGUACUGAUGGCAAAGUAAAUCUUAACGAUUUAGUGGAGAUGUUGCUUCCUGAUAAAUGCCCAGGUUUAAUAGGUAAGCCAAAACUAUUCUUCGUACAAGCUUGUCGGGGAACGAAAAUGGACAGCGGUGCAGUUAUGCACGAUGCUGAUACUUUUGCAAAAGUGGAAUAUCAAAAUGUCAAAUCCCACAAAGUACCACUUUGGGCCGACGUUCUUCUGGCUUAUUCCACUGUCCCUGGAUUUUAUUCCUGGAGAAACUCUACAAAUGGAUCGUGGUUUAUUCAGUCGUUAGCCCACAUUUUGGAAAAAUACGGAGACCGACUUGAACUGCAACAAUUAAUGCUUUCGGUAAAUCGCAAGGUUGCCUAUGAAUACGAGUCUAAUUCCAACCAUUCAUUUAUGAAUAAAAUGAAACAGGUUCCUUGCAUAGUAAGCAUGUUAACAAAAGAAGUAUACUUUUACAAGUAAAAUUUUCGUUUUUCGUUCGUUUUCCCCUCUCUCCUACGUGCUGUUGGUGAUCUUUGUCCUUCUCUGAACUUUUCUGUUUUACUUUCCGACGAAGAGCUAUGCUUGAAACGUCCAAAGCCCUCCUUUUUUUUUUUUUUAACCGAUCGCCAAAUGUGUUCCCUGUGCACGUCCUCUUGUUUGUUAUUGUUAUUUUCAUUGUUUUACGGUUCGAUUUGACGACGUGUGUGUGUGUGUAUGUGUGUACUUGAAAUUUCUACUCCGUUUUCUAUUCUGUAGUGAGAACAUGUUAUUUCGAAUCAUUAUAUAAAUUUUAUAUACUUUAAAAUUCUUUCAAAAAUAUAUGACAGUGAGUUAUGCAUCUGGUCCUUUCUAAACUUGUUACCAUCCUCCUUUUGAGCAACGAAAUCUGGUUCUAAACACGAUUAUACAAAGUUCAAGUACAGCAGGAAAAAGUAGCACUGCAUAUCACGCACCCGGACUUACAUUUUGCGUUAUAAAGUUGAUAAAAUAUUAAAUUUACUAAGGAAAAUUCCUAUCCUAAUUUUUUUGCUCUUCACAAACAUUUUCGUUGAAAUAAUUAAAAUGCUGUAAAAGUGAUAACAUUGAUAAAUUGGUUUUAUUUCUUUAUAUUAAUGGCAAAAAACUAUUAUUUUCGUGUUCAAUUGUUAUCUAAUGGACUUAUAAUAAAAUACAUUGAAACCAUCAA